AUGGAGAAAAGGCAGCAUCAUAAGGAUAAAAAACUCAUAUCUAAUGUAUAAAAGGUAGAUUUUACAACUGAUAUCGAUGAUGAGAUCAUGGAUAACAUAUUCUUCUUUGAACCUGGCGAAAAACUCAUUCAAGGUCGCGAAGCUAUCCUGUCAAAUAAGAACAACAUAGAAAAAAGAGAGAAGGUCAACCCCUAAGCAUGCUUAACAAGCUAUCCUGCCAUUUAGGGUCAAAUUAUAGCUUAAUAUGGUAGAGCAGCCUCUCUAGGUAGUGGAGCAUUAUGCAAGGACGCUAAUAAUCAUGUCUUUCUGCUGACAGCAGCGCAUAACUUUGUACAGAUACAUGAAGCUCUGGACUAUAAGGUGAAUUACUCUGAGAAGAUUAUGUUUGAUCUGUGUAAAAGUGAAGCCCGUAACUAUCUAAAAAGAUUUAGAGUUAUGACAUACAUAGUGCACCCACUAUAUAUAAAUAAUCAUCACUUCUCACAGGGAUAUGACAUUGCAGUAGCCAGGCUAUGUAUGACUGAUUAGGAAUAGGCUGAGAUCCCAGUCAGUGAAGAUAGCUUUUGGACUAAUAUUGAGGAGAUCGAAUUGAAAAUUAAUGAUGAUUUGUGUGUUAUUGGCUAUCCAGGAGAGUAUAAUGGGUUAAUUUAUUAAAUGAAAGGCACAGUGGCUAAUAUAAUUGAAAAGGAGGGAUUAAAUAAAGUGCUUAUAUAUGAAGACAUCGAUACAACGAAGGGAUAAAGUGGGGGUUCUGUUUAUACGAUAAAGGAUGGGUUCUAUUUUAGAGUAGGAGUUCAUGCAGGAUGUGAUAAAACUUUAAAUGCUAAUGUGGCAACUGCUAUUACGCCUGAGAUUCAUAAAUGGAUUUAGAGUGCUGUUGGCUUGAUGUAUAAUUAAUGA